GUGAAGAACGUCGCUGUUAAGGAUCUCAAGCGUGGUUAUGUUGCCUCUAACUCUAAAGAUGAUCCUGCCAAGGAAGCUGCCAACUUCACCUCCCAGGUCAUCAUCAUGAAUCACCCUGGUCAGAUUGGAAAUGGAUAUGCCCCGGUGCUUGAUUGUCACACUUCCCACAUUGCUGUUAAGUUUGCUGAACUUGUGACCAAGAUUGACAGGCGGUCUGGUAAGGAGCUUGAGAAGGAGCCCAAGUUCUUGAAGAAUGGAGAUGCUGGUCUUGUUAAGAUGGUUCCCACCAAGCCCAUGGUGGUGGAGACUUUCUCCGAGUACCCACCUCUUGGUCGUUUUGCUGUUC